AUGAACUUCCUGCGGCGCCGGCUGUCGGACAGCAGCUUCAUCGCCAACCUGCCCAAUGGCUACAUGACCGACCUGCAGCGGCCCGAGCCCCCGCCGCCGCCCCCCGGCCCCGGCGCGCCCGCCGCGGCGCCCGCGCCCCCGGCCGCCUCGCCCGGGCCCGAGCGCCGCCCGCCGCCCGCCGCCGCGCCCGCCGCGCCGCCCGCGCCCGCGCCCGCGCCCGCGCCGUCGGUGGGCAGCAGCUUCUUCAGCUCGCUGUCCCAGGCCGUGAAGCAGACGGCCGCCUCGGCGGGGCUGGUGGACGCGCCCGCGCCCGCCGCGCGCAGGGCCAAGGUGCUGCUGGUCGUCGACGCGCCGCACACCGACUGGGCCAAGAGCUUCCGUGGCAAAAAAGUUCUUGGAGAUUAUGAUAUCAAAGUGGAACAGGCAGAAUUUUCAGAGCUCAACCUGGUGGCCCAUGCCGAUGGGACCUAUGCCGUGGAUAUGCAGGUGCUCCGGAAUGGCACCAAGGUGGUCCGGUCUUUCCGGCCAGACUUUGUGCUCAUCCGGCAGCACGCGUUCGGCAUGGCGGAGAACGAGGACUUCCGCCACCUCAUCAUAGGCAUGCAGUACGCAGGCCUCCCCAGCAUCAACUCCCUGGAGUCCAUUUACAACUUCUGCGACAAGCCUUGGGUGUUUGCACAGCUGGUGGCCAUCUACAAGACUCUGGGAGGAGAAAAGUUCCCACUCAUCGAGCAGACAUACUAUCCCAACCACAGAGAGAUGCUGACACUGCCCACGUUCCCUGUGGUGGUGAAGAUUGGCCACGCUCACUCGGGCAUGGGCAAGGUCAAGGUAGAAAACCACUAUGACUUCCAGGACAUCGCUAGUGUGGUGGCCCUCACCCAGACCUAUGCCACAGCAGAGCCUUUCAUCGAUGCCAAGUAUGACAUCCGGGUCCAGAAGAUAGGCAACAACUACAAGGCUUACAUGAGGACCUCCAUCUCAGGGAACUGGAAGACGAACACUGGCUCUGCAAUGCUGGAGCAGAUUGCCAUGUCAGACCGGUACAAGCUGUGGGUAGAUACCUGCUCGGAGAUGUUCGGUGGCCUAGACAUCUGUGCUGUCAAAGCUGUACAUGGCAAAGAUGGGAAAGACUACAUUUUUGAGGUCAUGGACUGCAGUAUGCCACUGAUUGGGGAUCACCAGGUGGAGGACAGACAGCUCAUCACUGAACUAGUCAUCAGCAAGAUGAACCAGCUGCUGUCCAGGACACCUGUCCUAUCUCCUCAGAGACCCUUAACCACCCAGCAGCCACAGAGUGGAAUUCUUAAGGAUCCGGACUCCAGCAAGACCCCGCCUCAGCGGCCAGCGCCCCAAGCUCCUCAGCGGCCACGAGGCCCCACCACCCACGGAGAUGCACCUUCCAGCGGCAACUCCCUGGCAGAGGCCCAGCCACCCCCGGCUGCUCCACCACAGAAGCCCCAGCCUCACCCACAGCUCAACAAGUCGCAGUCCCUGACAAAUGCCUUCAGCUUCUCUGAGUCCUCCUUCUUCCGGUCUUCAGCCAGUGAGGAUGAAGCCAAAGCGGAGACCAUCCGGAGCUUGAGGAAGUCCUUUGCCAGCCUCUUUUCAGAUUAGCUCUCCACGGGGGCACCUGAGACAUUUGCCAACAACUCAGCCACGCUUGGUGGCUCUGUUCCACGGCUGCGACGCGCGUGGCCCCCUCCUCUGCUCCGUUGUGCUAAGUGAUGUCACGCAGCUCAGAAAGGCCGGUGGGAAGGUCUCAGGGCAGGUGCCUAACCAGCGAGGGGCACCUGCCGUUGGGGUGGAGCUGCUGCCCUGUAGUCAGGAGAGUGUCCUCUGCGGUCCUUGUUCCUUUGCUGUGAGUCUAGUGGCCUUAUUGUGACUGCGCCAUCUUGUCUUACUCUUCCAGGACUCCCACCCUGCGGGCUCCUGGCAGCUUCCCCUAGCUCAGAUGCAGUGUGAAGCAUGCCCCCCUUAGCCAGUGCUGCCUGUCUGGGGUGUCUGUACCUACCCCAAAGUCCUCUUUGGCUCUGAGUGUUAGGAACUUGCCCCUAUCUGGAACCUUUGUCACACCUGUUUAAGACACACCUGCCCUGCUCACAAGACUCCUUGACUCCCGUCAUGGGGAAGCACUGUUAGUGGGCCCAGAUGGAGGGGACCAGGAGCCACAGUUGCCCUGUCUCCCUCCUCUGGAGAGCCCUUCUGAUGUGUGUGCGUGGGGACCCUGAGCUCCGAAGCUGCGCUGUAGAGAAUGCAUGCCUCUGUCAGGGCGGCCUGCCAAGUCUGUGUUCAUCUCCAAAUAAAUGUUAAGACCUCUGGUAUAAUAAAAGCAGCAGCAUUAACCAGCAUUUGAUUCAGCCCUAAGGUCGCCCCUGGCCACCUUGUGACUGAGAAGGUGCAUGUGAGGCACGUGCGUAUGUCUGUGAGUGUAGGGAGGGGCAAGCCUAGGAGGGGGAAGCUUUGUGUCAGUCCGUGCGUGCGCAUGUGUGACUGCAGGUGUAGACUCUCUUGGUAGGUGGCUGAGAGUGUGGCUGGGCCUCCUGACUCCACUCCACGACUCUGUUUCCUCCAGGACAGCUGACUUCCUUCAGUAACAGCGUUUCUACCUGAACGUGUAGCCUUUCCAAUAAGCCCAGCUCCUCGGCUUCUGUGACAGCCAAGUCAGACCCACUUGUCUGGCCUGCAGCGUUCCCAAAAGAAGCCCACACAGUGGACCAGUGAGCAGGGUCCACCAGCCAGCCCCAGCGUCCUGAUCUGCUGUCCAGGUGGGCUCCGGGCACUUCACUUUGGCUUCUUCGUGGCUCUCUGGUACUCAAGACUUUGUUUCCAAAGACCAAAAAAUGCCAUGAAGAUAAAUAUUACACACUGAUAAAAAAGCAGUCAAUACAGCUAUAUUCUGUCCACAUAUUUUCCUCCGCAGGGUUCCCAUCCUACUAACUCAAAAAAGCAACACACCCAAAUGCCGUGGUCUUGUCCCCUCGCCUCACAAGCCACAGAUACCAAGGUUGGGGAAUGGAUUUCUCUGGUGCCAGGUUCUUUCUAACUCAACCCACAUUUUCAGGGUCUAAGGAUCUAUAGAUCUAGAACUAUACCUUCUUAACACUUGAAAAACAGUGACACCUAUGGGGGUGUGGUAUGAGGUGGAUCCCCCACUCCACCAUAACUAGGGAAUAAACUACUGACAAGCCAGGCCAAGCUACAGGAUUGUACUACCUAUGCUCAAGGUAAAUGAUCUUUAUGUAUUUCCAAGAAUCUGUAACUAGUGGUCUUUUCUAUCCCCCCUGAUUUCAAAUGUUUUAAUAGGAUGCAUCCACUUCAUUAAAAAAAAAAAAAGGCAUCUAUUAAACAUUUUCUGUGAGUAUAAAUAUGGUGAUACAUCCAGGAAAAUAUUUCCUCACAUGUUCAUGGUGUCUGCUGAGCUGCAAGCACAAUUCUAAACUCUUAACACGCAGCCAUUCACUUGUUCCUGACCACAGGGCCGUAUAACAGAGACCAUAAUUGUUUGACAUGUGAAGAUGGGCAGGCACUUCAAGAUAAAGUAGCUCCCUCAGGGUCACCCAGAUGGGAUGUUGUGGGCCAGGAUUUGACCCCAAGCUGUGUAGCAGAACUCUUCAUCCCAACUACUUUGCUAGGCACUUCUAUUAAAUUUAGCAGAGACAACAGAGUUUCAUAAAACUGCAAGUAGUGUGAUAACUAAAUACACACAGAACUUCCCACACACCCAUAUCCCCCUCCUUCCUUCCUCUUCUCACUCUCUCCUUUGGCCCCAGGAAAAGGAGGGUGGGAGGCAGUGAGAGAGCUCAUUACCUGCUCCUGACCCCUUACCCUACAACCGUGAGUGACAUACACAGUGUCUUAUUCUGAUUGCAUGUAAUUCUGGUUCUUAAAAAAUUACUCAUUCUCCCACAUGUGAUGUCAGACCAAAACCCACAAGCAACUUAUUUAGAAAAUGAGUCAGCCCGGAACUGCUGGGGUGACAAAAUGGGGAGGCAUUUACCAUGGUCAUGUCUGCCUAGUCCGAAGGACACAUGGACUCCGUCCAGCCGUUGGCAGUGGGGCGGAGCAGUGGUGGGCAAGUUCUCCCAGAAGCAGCGCUCUUGGUAUGUAAUAAAGAUGAUCCCAGAGACUGGGAAAUUUGCCACUCAUAACAAUCAGUGAAAGUUUAGUGAAUACCAUGGUGAAAAGUGAUCUAAAGCUGGGGGUCUCCAAAGGUGGGCGACAGUCCACAGAAGGUGGGGAGAUUUUCAGUCUAUGGGCCAACUGUGACCACUGUGUGGUCAUCUCUGCAGUGGCUGUGGGGGUUGUUCUUACCCAUAUCUUCAUCCCAGAUGAGCAGAGCUUGAUCUCGUCCCUGCCCUCAUGGAACUCCCCAUCUCUGUGGGUCAAGAAGUCUUCUGCCCACUCAUUAGUUCAUA